AUGGGUAGCGUCGAAGAUAUUCUAGGGGAGCUCAACCGCGACGCCUUCGUCUCCCUUCUCCAGAAGGUCAUCGGAGAGUCGGAGCACGUCCAGAACAACCCGCCGGAGCUGAUUCCGCAGGAACUUCUGGUUGCCAAUCACGUCCUCGAAGUCCUCCGCCCUCUCAGCACCGAGUGCGGAGGUCCGUUGAUUGUGAAUCACGUUUCUUACUCCCCCGGCAGAAGCAAUCUCAUCGUCGAGUACCCUGGAACGGAGUCCGGCAAGAUCCUGUCCUUCGUCGGGAUGCAUAUGGACGUCGUCACUGCCAAUCCCGCCGACUGGGAGUUUAAUCCAUUUGCACUGAGCAUCGAUGGGGAUAAGCUUUGUGGGCGAGGGACAACUGAUUGUCUGGGACAUGUGGCCCUAGUGACUCAGCUCAUGAAGAAGCUGGGAGAGACGAAGCCAAAAUUGAAGUCUACUGUUGUUGCUGUUUUCAUAGCGAGUGAAGAGAACUCUUCCAUAACAGGAAUUGGAGUUGAUGCACUUGUGAAAAAUGGGCUUCUUGAUAAACUGAAGAAUGGACCUCUAUUCUGGAUUGACACAGCCGAUAAACAGCCUUGUAUUGGUACUGGUGGCAUGAUACCAUGGAAAGUUCAUGUCACUGGGAAACUGUUUCACAGUGGUUUACCCCACAAGGCCAUAAAUGCUUUGGAAUUAGGCAUGGAAGCAACUAAAGAGAUUCAGUUGCGGUUUUACAAAGAUUUUCCAGCUCAUCCCAAGGAGAAAGAUUAUGGAUUUGCUACACCGUCAACAAUGAAACCAACUCAGUGGAGUUAUCCUGGAGGUGGAAUCAAUCAAAUUCCAGGAGAGUGUACAAUUGCUGGGGAUGUCAGGUUGACUCCCUUCUACAAUGUAUCAGAUGUAAUGAAGAAACUACAGGAGUAUGUAGAUGACAUAAAUCAGAACAUAGAGAAACUAGAUACGCGAGGUCCAGUCUCGCAUUAUGUACUUCCAGAUGAAAACUUGAGAGGGAGACUUUCAAUAUCCUUUGAGGAGGCAACGUCGGGUGUUGCUUGCAACCUCGAUUCUCGUGGCUUUCACGUGCUGUGCAAAGCAACUGAGAAGGUAGUUGGCUACGUAAAGCCAUACUCAAUAACUGGAAGUUUACCAUUGAUACGCGAAUUGCAGGAGGAAGGUUUCGACGUUCAGACAGCAGGAUAUGGUUUGAUGGCCACAUACCACGCCAAGAACGAGUACUGCCUGUUAUCCGAUAUGGCCCAAGGCUACAAAGUCUUCACCAGCAUCAUCUCCCAGUUGGAAGACUAG